GUAAUAACUUUAUCGUUCUGGAUUCAAAGCGUGUUUAGCAGACAGUAAUAUUAAUUUUAAGAAUUAGGCAUGUCCCAGAAUACCAAAGCCACCUGUAAAAUAGGUCCCUCGAUUCUUAGUGCAGAUUUAUCUCAAUUAGCUGAUGUCUGUAAUAAUAUGAUGGAUAAUGGAGCUGAUUUCCUCCAUUUAGAUGUCAUGGAUGGACAUUUUGUUCCUAAUAUGACUUUUGGGCACCCUAUUGUUAAAUGUUUACGAAAACAUGUUCCGAACGCUUUCUUCGAUAUGCACAUGAUGGUUGAUAACCCUCAAAAUUGGGUAGAAGAUAUGGCUUCGUCGGGGGCUACGCAAUAUACGUUUCAUUAUGAGGCAACCGAGGACGUCGAUGGCUGUAUUCGUAAAAUUAGAGAAGCUGGAAUGAAAGUUGGUAUGGGUAUAAAACCUGGUACUCCUGUUGAAGUAUUUGACCAGUAUAUUGAAAAAAUCGAUAUGGCUCUAAUUAUGACUGUAGAACCUGGCUUCGGUGGGCAAAAAUUUAUGGGAGAUAUGAUGCCUAAAAUAGAAUACUUGCGAAAAAAGUAUCAGGAAUUAGAUAUUGAAGUGGAUGGUGGCGUUAGUCCAAACACCAUAGACCAAUGUGCAAAUGCCGGAGCGAAUAUGAUAGUGUCGGGAACAGCCGUUGUCUACGCCGACGACCCACGCCAAGUGAUGAAUAAGCUUCGGGAUGUUUGUAAUGAAAAAUUAAGUAGAUAUUAA